AUGAAAUACCUGACAGUAUCUCUGGCAAUUCUUUCCUGCGUUACGGCAAACACCACCAUUAUCCCUACCACUUGCUUCGACGACCAAGCCCAGUUAGAGUCAUACUUCGACUACGACUACCCCUGGGGAUCAACCCACAAUGGCGCCGCCUCAAUGACAGCCUCGCACGCCGUGGCAACAGGCGGUGUCUUGACUCUCACGUCCCAGUACACCGGUGCCAGCGACUACGCAUGGACAGCAGGCACCGUCUAUGCCAAGGACGAGUUCACAGUCGCCGCCGGCCAGUCAUACACUUUCUCCGCGUCCUUCAUUGCGCCAACUAUCACCGGCACCUGGCCUGCAUUCUGGCUGACUGCCGUUUCCGGCUGGCCGCCAGAGAUCGAUAUGGCGGAGUGGAAGGGUGAUGGCGAAAUCUCGUUCAACACAUUCAACACUAGUUCUGUAGUUGCCUCAGACAACGUGGAAUACUCAGAUAGUAGUGACUGGCACACUGUCUUGUGUCAGAUUGAGGAUGAUGGGAGUGGAGAGAAUGUCAAGGCGACGUUCUAUCUGGAUGGCGUGGAGCAGACUGUUCAAUGGGGCCAGGGAUAUAUUAACCAAGCCCUUUACCUGAUCAUUGACUACCAGAUGGAGGGAAGCAGUGGUUCUCCAGGACCUGAAUACAAUACAACGUUCCAGAUCAAGGAUCUGUCUGUGACGUCGACAUAA